UCGAGGAGUUGAGUGUCCAGUCUUCAUCCAAUCAUUCCAAAUAUCCUCAUCGGUGUGCCGACAUGUUCUACGUGGGAAAUGCUGCGUUCGCGUCCACCAUUUCCCAGGAGUACGACGUCGUCAUGGGCUCGCUCUACAUCUUAUUUUGCGUGCUGUCCCUUCUGGGCAAUUGCAUUCUGCUACUUGUUGCGUAUCACAAGCGCUCAACGCUGAAGCCAGCCGAGUUCUUCAUUGUCAAUCUCUCGGCCAGCGACCUCGGGAUGACCCUCUUUUUAUUCCCCAUGGCGAUAUCGUCAUCUUUUUCACACAGUUAUUUUGAAGCAUUAUGCUUUUGUCAGCCACCGAUAUGUAUAUGGACCCAAGUUUCGGGUGACGACGCCCCACAGGACGGCUCGCGUACCGACCGGAUCUGUUCACAUGGAGGUGACGCUCAGCCAACUCGCAGCCAGACCUCUGACGAACUUCCUCUAGUGGCGCUGCCUCGUCCACUCACGAGGCACGUGAGGCAAGGCAGACGCUCAGAAACCCAGAAUAACUUCACGAGGAUUGGACAACAAAGCGGAGACGGUUUUAUAGUCUGGACAUCGGAAGACUACCAUAACUGCAAGACUGGCAGCUUCCGUCGUAUUCUCGUUCUCUACAUCAUGUGACUCAAAUUGAACUUUCACUGCUGUUGACGACUUCAACUAUCCGUGUUAAGAUGGAGGAAUGGGAGUGAACGGGUUUGAGCUGGCCCGCCACAACAUUUUUUUGUCUACUUCCUGUUUCUUGUUGAAUCGAUGUGUACAAGACAACUUUUUGCCACAUUUUUUUCUCCCUCGAUAAAAGAACUUCUCAGUGUAUAUUGAACAAAAGUACAGCACUGUCGUUCCUUGAGAUAUGGUUGCCUUGACUUACGACAUUUUCGGGAUAUAACUUAUCAAAUGGCCAAUUUUUUUGUGCUUGAGACGCCAAUGCCACACGGCACCAGCAAAUUUCACAUGCAGUCAUCAUCAAUUCACAUUGAUUUCCUUGCAGCUGACACUCAAUAUCGUCCCGUUCCAAUUGUAAAGCAUUUAGAAAAUAUCCUUGACACUGCACUUGAAGAUACUAGAAAAUACUUGUGAUGAUACUGUGCUGUAUGUAGCUCUGUGUAUGCAUAGAAAAAUAUACGGAAGAAAAUAUUGCUCUGGGCUUGAUUGAGCAAAGGUGUGUUUAUUACUUAUGGAGAGUGUGUGUAAAUGUAGCGGAGGGGAGGAAGGGGGUCUGAAGCGAAAUGCAUCUUUGCUAGUAGGAGUGAAAUGUUGGUGUUGUGUAUAAAGGGAGGGGAGUGGGUGCGUCGGUGACCCUCGUUUUAGAGCAGUGAUUUCCAACCUUUAUAGACCCAAGGCACAUAUUUGACAAUUGAAAAAUCCCACGCCACACCAACAAAAGUAAACGUCACCAAAAAUGGAUCGAUUAAUUACUG